UAAACCCAAUCAAAACAUCUGUUUAUAUUGUCAAAUGUCAACUGUUGAACCGUUUUAUUUAAAUCUAACGGCGAUGUUAUUCACAUUUCACUUUCAACAUAAGACAAGGAUCUAUAGUGUUUUGACCGAGUUGUUUACAGUGAUUCUUGCUAAAUAAUCCAAUAAUGCUUUUGAAAUCCGUUAAAUUGCAAAUGUAACUUCUUUAUUCUGUUACUUCUAAAUAUGUAUACUAUAAUGGAGCACGAUAACGAAGACAUUCGUAUAGGAAAAAUUGACGACAUUGACACGGAAGUACGAAAAACUGGGCAGGAAAUGGACGUUAUUAGACAAAGAACUGUUGCUUACGAAUAUCUUUGCCGAUUGGAAGAAGCUAAGUUAUGGAUGGAGGCAUGUCUGAAAGAAAAACUUCCGACCGCCACGGAAUUUGAAGAAAGCCUGCGUAAUGGAGUGUAUUUAGCAAAGUUGGCUAAUUUUAUUUAUCCUGAGUUACUUCCUUUGAAUAAAAUUUAUGACAUCGACCAAAAGAGAUACAAGUAUAUGGGUGUUCAAUUCAAACACACUGAUAACAUAAAUAAGUUUUUACAAAUCUUAAAGAAAACUGAACUUCCAGUGACUUUUCAGCCUGAAACAACUGAUAUAUAUGAUAAAAAGAAUAUGCCAAAAGUAAUUUACUGUAUACAUGCACUGAGCUCACAUCUAUUCAAACUAGGAAAAGCGCCCCUUAUUCAUGAUGUAUUUGGAAAAGUAACAUUUACUGAUGAGGAAUUAGACACUGUAUCAAAGGAUUUGCAGAAGUGUGAACACCCACUUCCUAUGUUUCAAAAAAUUGGAGGGAUAUUGUCCAAUAAUAGCGUUGACAAUGGUGCAUGCCUACAUAAUGCAGUUGUAGAACUUAAUAGAAUGCUUGAUACUGAAAAAUCUAUUACUUCAGCUAUUUUGAACCCUCAUUUAAAAAUAAAAUAUGUUCAGAAUCAACUGUUGGAUGAAUACAAGAAAGCUUUGCAAGUAGCAAAGGAAGAAAAAGUUAAAGCCGCUCAUAAUCACUCAUUAAAUGAGAGCUAUGUAUCUGAUGCAUAUGAUGAAUUAUUAACACAAGUUGAAAUUCAGGGUCAUGUUAUCUCAGUAAACUACAAAUUCCUAUGGAAGCAACUGUGUGCUGCAGCACAAAACGGUGAUGUCAAUACUUUACAAAAGAUUUUUGAUGAAGAUUGGGUUAAGUUAAAAAAUUAUAAUUGUGAUAAUUUAGAUUUCUACUGUGAUGUAGUUAAGGAAACAAUAGAAUGUAAUAAAGAUGUUGAUGUGGAGAGUGUAUCAAAUUGGCACAAAAUAUUUCAGAAUGUUAUUAUUGAAGGCAAUCAACAAUCUCAAAAACAUAAAGCUCACAAGACAGCAAUUUUUCAUGUUAACAAUGCUUUAGACGAAGGCAGCCCAGAAGACUUGUAUGAGGCACUUACAAAUCCAGAUUUAGAAUUAAAUAUCAAGAUAGAUAAAUUUGCUGCACCAUUGUUAUAUGAAGAAAUGAAACUGGAAAAGUAUGAAUUGGAGAAGAAUCUUAAUGAAAGUGAAAUAUUAGCAUCAGUAUCGUAUUUAUCUGCUGUAGCAUCUGUUUCUCAGGCUGUGGAGAGAGGUGAAGACUAUGCUGUGUGGAGCUGUCUUAACUCCAAACAACUCCAGCUAGAGAGUUUAAGACCUCAUUGUCGAAGACGUUACUUAUCUGCAUUGGCAACUGCACUGCAGGUUAAAGUAAGAGAACAAUGUGCCUGUCCAUUAUUGACCUUAGAAGACAUCCGUGAUACCGUUGAAAUGGUUAACUUAAAAGAUGAUGUUAAUGAAGAAUUGGUCUCUGUUAUUGAAAACAUAAACAAAGCUGUAUUACAAGAAGAUGCUGACACUCUAAUGAUACUAUUGAAAAGUCCAUGUCUGAAGUUAAUGUCUUCUUUACAUAAGGAAGAAAAGGAACUUUAUUUGAGAAUGCUAAAGAAAGUUCUUAUACAAAAAGAACCCCAAAACCUAUGGUAUGAUGAUAUUUUAGACGUUAUUAAAGAUGUUAAUAUUGAAUCAAAUAAAGUGAAAGAGUUAACUGAUAGAUUAGUUCAGUUAAAUUUGUCUGUAUUGAAAAACAAUAUAAAUGAUUUUUGGAUUGCUAUUUCAAGCCCUAUUGUAGCUACUUCAAGGAUACUGGAAAAUUCAUGUAAAGAUGUAUAUUUCCAAAUGUUUAUAAAAUCAUUAAAAAAGAAGGGUCAGAACAUUUGCCCAUGGAUCGUCUGCCACACUGAUGCCGGCAAUACUGUUUAUAUUGAUGUGGAAUCCUAUACUUAUAGUUGGACCACACCAAAGGAUUUUGUUCCUUAUGCACGGUACUUGAGUAAAAAAGAUAUCCAUGGCAUUAUUGAGAAAGCAAAUAAACAUCAUGUCAAUAAGUACAAACAAAUGGUUAUAGAGCAAUCUAUUAUAAAGUUACAAGCAUAUUGCAGAGGAUAUCUGCUUAGAAAAACUAUGACAGAGAGACUUAGCUACUUCCUAUCCAACGAAUAUUACAUAAUUAAAAUUCAGGCUUGGUGGAGAAAAGUAAUGAUGGAGAGGAAGCAUGGAACUCUUAUAAAAAUGAAAAUCAUUGAAGCUAAAUUAAAAAGGGAAAGGAAACAAAACCCUUGGGCCUGGUACAAAAUUCAGGAACAAAAAAUUAUUAAGAUCCAAGCUCUGUGGCGAGGGCGACGAGCGCGACAAGCGUUUAUCUCACUCUUCCAUUCGCCCAACCCACCACUUCGAGUGGUAAAAAAAUUCAUACCUCUGUCGGAAUUUUCUACUGAAGAUUAUGACCGAGAAAUGGAACUUCAAUCAUUGAAAUCUGAAGUUGUACAGUCCAUACGGAGAAAUCAAGAACUAUCAAAACAAAUUGAUGAUAUGGAUCUUAAGAUAGGUCUUCUCGUCCAAAACAGAAUUGCAUUACAAGAAGUGGCUGCGCAUGGUUUGAAACUUAAUAAUUUGGUAAAACACAAUUCAAUGACGAAACUUGUCUUUCAAGAACGUCCUGACGGUAAAGGGAAACUAAUGACAAUAUCAACUGCCGUCAAGGGUCUUAAAUCACUGACGAAAGAGUCGAAACGGCUUCUGGAUGGAUAUCAACAUUUGUUCUAUGAACUACAAACUAAUCCCACUUACCUAUCAAAACUUCUGUUUUGUAUACCUCAGAAUAAAACAAAUUUCUUUCUACAAAAUGUUGUGUUGAGCUUAUAUAAUUUUGGUGCAUAUGCCAGAGAUGAAUACCUGUUACUUAAGUUGUUCAGAUUUACUCUUGAAGGGGAAAUUAGUUGCAAGGUCAUGAAGCCUUUUGAUAUAAUUGCAUCUACACCACUAGUGCUUAAAAUGGCUGUGAGUUUAUCAAGGCAAUUGUCAGGUUUAAACAGCUUGCAGUCUAUAAUUGGACCUCUAGUUGAGAUGAUACUGAAGGAUAAAGAUCUGAACAUUGAAACAGGACCUGUUGAGAUUUAUAAGACAUGGAGGAAUGAAACUGAAAUGAAAACUGGAGAAAUAUCGAAACUGCCGUACACUGUCACACAAGAAGAGGCCCUUACAUAUCCUGAGGUGAAAACUAGACUAGAAAUUGCAUUGAGUCAAUUGAAGACAAUAGUGACAAUGUUUUUGGAUAAAAUUACAAAUUCUACAGAUUUAUUGCCUUUUUGUAUUACAUACAUGGCUCGCGUUUUACACAGAGCACUCACAACAAAAUUUCCUCAUACGCCAGAAAAAGACAUUUUAAAGGUGAUUGGCAAUUUGGUGUACUAUCAAUUUUUGAAUGCAGCAAUAGUUGCACCUGAUGCAUUUCAUAUAAUCAAUAUGCAAAACGGUGGCAGUCUCACAACAGAUCAAAGAAAGAACCUUGCCUCUGUUGCCAAAAUACUACAUUUUUCAGCUGCCAAAAAGGGUUUUGGAGAAGAAUCAAGUCACCUAAGAUGCCUAAAUCCAUUUAUUGUGGAAUGUCAUGAGAAAAUGAAGGAGCUGUUCCGUCGAUGUUGCCGUGGACCCACACUAGAGGAGUACUUCGCAGUAGACGAAUACACUGAAGCGACUUUGUUGCAUCAACCCCAUAUACUUAUAACAGUUCAGGAAAUUGUGGACACUCACGCUCUUCUCGUGGAAUACCAGGACGUCAUAGCGCGUGAUCCUAGUGACAGACUGAACGAAUUAUUGGACGAUUUGGGGGAUGUGCCCUCCGUAGCCGAACUUGCUCCGCGCGAAACUGAUAUUAUGGGUGGGUGUACAGAAGAGAAUGCCCGCUUAGAAGUGUGUCUAGCCCUUGUGAGUAAAUACCAAGCGCCAUCAGAUGAUAUGACUGACUUGAAUAAACUCUUUAUCAAGACUAAAGAAUUAUGUGUGGCUAUUCUGCCUUUUCUAAACGGGGAGCAUUUGUUAGAAGCCCUUGUCAUCGGAACUACGAAGGAUCAACAAGACCAGUACGCGAAAAAAAUUCAACAACGUAUUUAUUCUGGGCAAGCGCGACCAGACGAGGCCAUGACACUGCGCGAGCACAUCGCGAAAUUACGCAAAAACUUACAGAUGCUUGAAGAUGAAGGAUAUGUGACUAGAGAAGAUGGAUACCAGGCACUGGUCACUUCGAUUGCCCUAGAUUUAUGUAACAGAGGCAAAUAUAGACAGGCGCAGAAAAGGGCUUUGGCGACGCUCGCGCGAACAAAACUAAGUUUACAAGAGAAAACUAAAUAUUAUGAGGAGAAAUGCAAGUCUUAUGAUCAGUAUAUAAAGUCGUGUUUGGCUAAUCUUCAUGCUGGCAAACAGAGCGUACACGCGUGUUUGCGUAGAUCGGGAAAAGAUGUCCAGAAGUUAAAAUCUAAAUACACUGCUAAGUAUUCGGGUGCGAAACUGCUGGAGAGAGGAGUACUUUUAGAAAUAGAUGGACUUUCACAAUCACAGUUUAAAAAUGUUCAAUUCGAAAUCACCCCUACUGACCACAAUGGUGUGUUUACUGUAAAAGGAAAGUUUAUGGGUAUAGAAAUGGAGUCAAUUGAAAUCGACAUUCAAGAUUUAUUACAAAAACAAUAUGAAGGUUGUGCUGUUAUGGAUAUGUUUGGUAAAGCGAAAAUUAAUGUCAAUCUUUUAAUAUUUUUAUUAAACAGUAAGUUUUAUGGUAAGUCGUAGAAUAACAAAUAGGUUUUAAUGUGGAUUCGAAAUGCAUAAUAAAAUGAUGAUUUAGCUUUCUAUGUACUUAUAAUGUUUAGAGUACUUAUUUUGAGUGUGUACAAAGGAGAAACAGUCUAUUUCUGCUGUAUGUAUGUGUAUAUGUGAGUCGACAUUAUUAUGUAAUACUUUUUCUGAAGAAUUUGCAUUAAACAUUUCUUGGCCAUUGCAUAAUGCAUAACAAAUUAAUUAUAAAUGGAAAAGAAACUAAAAUUAUUAUUUAUUACAUCGAGACACCUGAGACUAACAUACAUAUCAGUACACAUAAAAUUAUUGUAAAAAAUACAAUGAAGUAUUAAUAUGCCAAAUUACACAUGUUUUAAUUUAAAAUUCGUUGUGAUUUUAUAACUCAUGUAUAUAUUAGUAUGCUAGUAUUUAUUCAUAAUCUUCUCCGAUUCAUGAUUUGAUCUUAUAAUUCAUUUUAUUUUUAUGUAUUCCUAACUUAUACAAUUAUUAUAAGAUACAUUGUUCUACAUUUUAAAUAAUGAAUUGGAAAUAUUUUUGUAAUAAUGGUCAGUAUUUAAUUAAAUAUAUAAACCAUGGAAAAUAAACGAGGCUACAACAAA